UUGGAGAGAGACAGACAGUGGCCACAUCACAGCUAGUGAGGCACAGAGGGUCCUAAGUACCCGUGUGAGGGAGAGAGUGACGGACUGGAUGGUGGGGACAGCCUUACCAAGGAGGUGACAUCUCAGCUGAUCCUUGAAAGACAAGAAGGUGCCACUGCCUCAGACUUGGACAGAGGAACAGCCAAUGCCAAGACCCCAGGAAGGAACCAGUUGAUGGGAUGGGGUUUAGUUCUGUGUGGGAGAGAGAAGCUUAGUUUCGGCUACAGGUGGGUUGAUUCUCUUUUGUUCUACAUCCUCCAAAUUGUCAUUUGUAAUUCCCCCUUCUCACCACUCCCUUCUGGAUGAAGAGCUCCUGUUUGAGCCUGGCUGGUCAGCAGCUGCUGCAGUGUCAGAAUACAGGAAGAGCAAGAAACAAAGAAAACUCCAACAUAUCUGCCUUCUGUUGAAGGUUUGGCAUCUGAGGAGAAGCUAUUUUUAUGUAAGCACAUGUUUGCGGGAGAGGUCUUGGGCCAGGAAGCUGAAAGCACCCGUAUAAAGACAGGACUGAAAUCCCAAAGGUAAUCUGACAUUUUUAAGAGUUUGUUCCCUAUGAAGAGGAAACAUCCCAAAGGAACACAGAAUGUAAAAGUAGAAAUCUUCCAGGUGUCUCCAUGGGUAGUGCGCUUGGCCAUCUGUCCAUGAGAAGACCAUGAUAUCUUCAAAUUUCUGGUGUGUCUCCAUGUUCUCCAGUGAUACUGUUCCUCCUUUUUUUUGUGCAAUGGGAAAAACCUGAAGGACAGGCAGAAUUACUCCUGUACUCGUGACAGCCUCCAUGUUUCAGUGGCUCUUGUGGAACAUGACAAUUAGAGAUCACUUCCCUGUGUUGUCUUUCAGACCUGAGCUAAAGGAUGUGCUUCUUCAUUCUCUAGUGUGCUGGUGGCUGCUCAUUUUUAUAUUUGUUUCUGCUACUUGUGCCUUCUGACCAUCUUAUGUAAUAACAAAACGUCCUUAAAAUUUCCCAGCACAGUUGCACGUGUCCAGACUCCUUGGAGGACUUGCCCAUGGCUCACUAAGCCAGCAGUCCAAGGGCACUACCAUGAGGCACUGCAUUAAUUGCUGCAUACACUUGAUACCUGACAACGCACACAAACAGAAGGUUGGCUGCCGAGGAGGCCUUCAGCACAGUCAACAGGUGUGCCCCACGUGCAGAGGAGAAAAUAAAAUUCUGUUCCGUGUAGACAGUAAGCAGAUGAACUUGCUUGCUGUUCUUGAAGUGAGGACUGAAGGCAAUGAGAACUGGGGUGGGUUUUUGCGCUUUAAAAAGGGCAAGAGAUGUAGCCUCAUUUUUGGACUGAUAAUAAUGACCUUGGUGAUGGCUUCUUACAUCCUUUCUGGGGCCCACCAGGAACUUCUCAUCUCAUCUCCUUUCCAUUAUGGCAGCUUCCCUAACAACCCUAGCUUGAUGGAUGGUGAAAACCCCAGUGAUAUGAAAGAGCAUCAUUACCAACCCUCUGUAAACAAUAUUUCAUACAUGAAGGACUAUCCAAGCAUUAAACUAAUUAUCAACAGCAUCACUGCCAGGAUUGAGUUCACGACCAGGAAGCUCCCAGUCUUACAAGAUCUCAAGAGGCAGGAGUUGCAUAUGUUUUCAGUCAUCCCCAAUAAGUUCCUUCCCAACAGUAAGAGCCCCUGUUGGUAUGAGGAGUUCUCUGGGAGAAACACCACGGAUCCCUACCUCACCAACUCCUAUGUGCUCUACUCCAAGCGUUUCCGCUCUACCUUCGACACCCUGCGCAAGGCCUUCUGGGGCCACCUGUCGCAUGUGCACGGGAAGCACUUCCGCCUGCGCUGCCUGCCACACUUCUACAUCAUUGGGCAGCCCAAGUGUGGGACCACUGACCUCUAUGACCGUCUCCGGCUCCACCCAGAAGUGAAAUUCUCUGCCAUCAAGGAGCCACACUGGUGGACCCGGAAGCGGUUUGGAAUCGUCCGCCUGAGAGAUGGGCUUCGAGACCGCUAUCCUGUGGAAGAUUACCUGGAUCUCUUUGACUUGGCUGCACACCAAAUCCAUCAAGGACUGCAGGCCAGCUCUGCAAAGGAGCAGGGCAAGAUGAAUCAAAUCAUUAUUGGGGAGGCCAGUGCUUCCACCAUGUGGGAUAACAAUGCAUGGACUUUCUUCUAUGACAACAGCACAGACGGCGAGCCGCCAUUCCUGACCCAGGACUUCAUCCACGCCUUUCAGCCAGAUGCCAAGCUGAUCGUCAUGCUCAGGGACCCUGUGGAGAGGUUGUAUUCAGACUAUCUCUACUUUGCAAGUUCGAAUAAAUCUGCAGAUGACUUCCAUGAAAAAGUGACAGAAGCUCUGCAGCUGUUUGAAAAUUGCAUGCUCGAUUAUUCACUGCGUGCCUGCGUCUACAACAACACCCUCAACAACGCUAUGCCUGUGAGGCUCCAGGUUGGGCUGUAUGCUGUAUACCUUCUGGACUGGCUCACUGUUUUUAAUAAGGAACAGUUCCUCAUUCUGCGCCUGGAAGACCAUGCAUCUAAUGUCAAGUACACGAUGCACAGGGUCUUCCACUUCCUGAACCUGGGGCCCCUAAGUGAGAAGCAAGAGGCCUUGAUGACCAAGAGCCCUGCAUCCAAUGUGAGGCGUCCUGAGGAUCGGAACCUGGGGCCCAUGUGGCCGGUCACACAGAAGAUUCUGCGGGACUUCUACGGGCCUUUCAAUGCCAGGCUGGCACAGGUUCUUGCUGAUGAAGCAUUUGCGUGGAAGGCACCAUGAGAGCUGAGUGCCUUGGGCACUGGGCCCACUGACUCUGUCAUCGCCAUGACUCUAACAAUCUCUGUAGGUGGGGAGCUGUUUUACUCACAGCUGGAGAAAACCCCAGAGACUCCAGUCUUCUUUUCCUCCCCAGGCACCUAUUAAUUAGCACCAUUUCAGAACUUCCUUUCUGAUGUUCUGUGGCUCUGUAGCUCAGAGACUCCGCCAGAGUUCCUCCACCUGAGGCCUUUGGAAGCUGCACUUUGGUAGGAAUUCAGCUCUGCUCCAAGAGUGCUUUGAGCCGCAGAGAGGGGCCUUGGGAGGUCACAGCCCAGCUCUACCUGUCCUGGAGUCCCACUCUGGGGCUUGACCCUUCUGGGACCCGAUUAAGCAGCUCGAUAGAGAUCAUAGCCCAGGGCUUGCCAGAACUUAAACUUCACAUGCAGUUUCCAGUUCGGAACACUCUUUGUCAGAUCACCCCCUCAUCUGUGCAGAGAACGCAUCCUCUAUGGAGAACGGAGUCGCUUUUAUUUUCAUUUUUUUACUCCCGAGUGAGCCCUUCAGUAACAUUAGAAAUAAACCCUGUUUGGUCACUUCACUGCUUCCAGGAGGAAAACAUCAGUUCAUUUUUGGCAGCACAUUGCUCUCUCUGACCUCUUCCCACCCUGCCCUCACGAUUUUUUAAUGUUUAAACAUAGAAAAUGGAUACAUUUAAAACAAACUGCUUCCUGCAUUUGACUAGCCCUAGCUCUCUCUUCUGCUUCUUUAGUUGUUUUCUCAAGAAAUUCAGUUUAUAUUUGGAGGAGAAAUUUUUGCCGUCAAUGCUGGAAUAGAGCAACCUCAAGGAAUUGAGCACUACACCGACGAUCUUGGUGACUGAAGCCCUCAUCAUGUAUACAGGGUCACCCGAGAACUGAGGGGGUUUAAUUUUUUUAUUCUGGCCGGCCACAAGUUCCAUCCCUUCACCUUCCCAGCUGGAGGUAGUUUAUUAUCCAUGUUCUCCACCAUGUGUGGUCAGAAUUCCUUAUUCAAGGAGAUAUUUGUGUCCUGAAUCAGAAACACAAUGCACAAGCUAAACUUGGGCUGAAUGUGGAAUCCUAGGCUGUAGAAUGUGAUUGCUAAGCCAUGUUCUUGAUGGAACUUUCCAGACCUCUUGGCAAUGUAGUUUACGGUGGAUGUGCUGAAGGUCUUGUCGUUUCUUGGAAGUCAUGGGUAAGACUGAAAAGAAUGCUUGAAUCCAUUUGGCGGACAGCCCCAGGCCAGGAAGACAAUAAAGGAUUGCACUGAGUGCUGUCGAGGGAAGCAUCCUGUAAACUAUGUUCCCAGAUCUGGUCUGCCAAAGUCAGGAGGUGCAGACACUAAACACCCAGCUGUAACUUGUACAUGUGAGUCAGGCUGGGCUUGGGUGGCAUGAGGACCUGGAAUGCUCAGCUGUCCGAACCUUCUGGCGUCAUCUGUCCUGCCAUCAGAGGCAGGAGCUCAGCCCACUGGAGGGUGCCCAUGGAGCCCCCAGCACAGGCAUGGCUGGGCCUGGUUCUACUGAAGGAGCUGUGUGUCCUGAACACCCACGUGCAAGGACAAUCUCCGCCUUUCACUCACAGCCAGCACGCAGAGCAGCAGCCAGCAGGAAGAGCUGGCCUGAAACAAGGAUGCUUUAGGGAGAUAUCACUUCAGUGUGUGUGUGUGUGUGUGUGCGCGUGUGCGUGUGUGUAUUUAUUUGGAACACAGCGUGUGCAUGUGUGGGUGCGUUUUCUGAGUGGGUUCCCCUCAGUUCUGUUGCUGAUGAGGCUCCUCUGCUCUGGACAGGAUGCUUUUAUAGAUUAAUUUCUCUGCCAAUUAACUUGUCAUUUCCAGUGUGUGUUUUACUAUUCCACUCCGACCAUGAUUACAAAGGAUUUCCCUUAUGCACUCCUAUGCAUGUGAAUAACAUGUAGUGUAAUCUGCUUCUUACAGAAGUAUUACUGAGGGUAUUAUUUCCAAUAUUAUUUGGUUCAUUACUGAUCUUUUUUAUAUAUGCUGGCCCACCCCUUCUGUGCCACCCAGUGCCAUCGGACAUGGUUUUCUCUCUAGGGGCCUCUCCAGAGGCCACAUCCAUUGCCUUUGUUUUCUCUGUUGAGGCCCAGCUCUCGUUGACAGCGCAGGUACCAUUUCAGGUGGUGGCUCUCUAGCCUGUCACCCCAAACCAAAGCGAGAUGGAGCGUUUCUCACAACCUGGUAUUGAAGUUACGGAUUGUAUGAAACUGUACUCCCAUAGUCCUGUAAGGUAUGUUAUGUGAAUCACUGUCAUGCUGUACUUUCAUUAAUAUUUAACAUAAUUAAAGAUGGACCCAAGUGACCGGUG